UUUAUCAGUACGAAGCCGCAGCGUGUGAGCACAGAUCACCUGAAGUCUCACACAGCCAAGAUGACCUCAGCCGAGUCCAAGUCAGAGCUCUUUACAGUAGCCACUGGCGAUGGAGCGGAUGCCCAUCAGAAUCAGCCGAAGAAGUUGUCCUUCUAUGAGCACUACAUUCAGCCUUGCCUGGCGGAGGUCCUCGGCUCCACUCUCUUCAUGUUUGUGGGCUGUGUGUCGGUCAUGGGCAACGUGGGCAUCAGCGGGAGCAUCCAGCCUGCCCUGGCACAUGGACUAGCACUGGCUAUAGCAAUUGCCAUUUUUGGAGAAAUCAGUGGUGGUCACUUCAAUCCAGCUGUGUCUCUGUGUGUUUACCUCAUCGGAGGAAUGGAACUGAUGCUCCUGGUGCCAUACGUGCUCUCACAAAUGUUAGGUGGAGUGAUUGCUGCCAGCCUCGCCAAAGCUGUCACUACAAAUGAAGCAUUUGCAAAUGCAACGGGAGCAGCGUUUGAUGCCGUUCAGACCUCUCAUGGCACUGGCUCUGCGACUGUGGCAGAGAUGAUUAUGACGCUCUUCUUGACUAUGGUUGUCAGCAUGGGUGCCGUGAACGGAAGGACCCGAAGUCAUCUGGCUCCUUUCUGUAUUGGACUCACUGUGACUGCAAAUAUUUUGGCUGGGGGUGGAAUAUCAGGAGCAUGUAUGAAUCCAGCACGGGCCUUCGGGCCAGCAAUAGUGUCCGGUCACUGGGAGUACCACUGGAUAUAUUGGGUUGGACCUCUGACUGGUGCUCUGGUCACUGUCAGUCUUGUGAGGUUGGUAGUGGGAGACAAGAAGAUUCGUGUUAUUUUCAAGUGAUGGAGAGGGGCCCUCAGAGGAUCUCAUGUUGUAAGCUUUUUAAAGUCAAGAUAACUUGUAAAGCAUUGUAUGAUAUUGUCAAACAUUUAUAUUAGUGUAGUAUUCCUGUAUUCUGAUGCUUUAUUGUCUCUUAAAUGUAUUUGUUGUUUUAGUUUUUAUAGCCUGCCAUAAUGUAUUCUGAUGUUUUCUGUUAAUAAACGGUCUUUUGUUAGAAAUU